GGUAGGUAGCACAGUAUAUGCUUUCAUUAGUUAAAAUGCUCUCCUCCAAUCAUUCUAACCCACUUACGCAGCUCUCAGCCCCCUCCGCCACCUCCCACGGCGGAGGAUAUUACAGCCUUCCUGAAUUCCAUGAUCACAACCUCUAUCACCACCACCACCUCCACCAGCUUUCAUGGAACACCCACAAUUUGUUGGUCAACUUUAAUAGCAACAAUCAAGUCAACAACAACAAUAACUACUACAACAAUAUUUAUAGCAAUGAAGAUAAUACAGGUAAUACCUGCAUCGAAAAGGAGGAAGCUUUGUUGUUUACCGGCAGGCCGGAGAAGGCGGCGGCGAAGAAAAAGGACCGCCAUACUAAAAUCAUGACAGCUCAAGGUCAAAGGGACCGGAGAGUCCGGCUCUCCAUCACCAUAGCUCAGAAGUUCUUCCACCUUCAAGACACUUUGGGUCUUGAUAAGCCCAGCAAAACCCUAAAUUGGUUACUCGCCAAAUCCAAGCAAGCCAUUGAGGAGCUAACCCACGCCACCGCUGAAAGUUCGCCGUCUUCCGCCGUGAAGGAUGGAGUGUCCACAGAAACGAGUAAGACAAGGGGAAGAGCCUGUUCCAUCAAAGUUGGGGUCAACAAAAGUAAUGAUGUUGCUAAAGAAUCUAGGGCAAAGGCUAGGGCUAGGGCUAGAGAAAGAACAAUCAAGAAAAUGUUUAUUAAAGAGAUGAGUGAGGCCAAUAUGUUACUACCAGCACCUGUUUGGAGUACUCAACCUCCACUUCCCCUAGGAGAAUAUCCCUUAGACUAUGAUGAUGUGGCAGCUAAAGAACCAAUGGCUAACAAGAAGAUAGCUGUGAGGCCUUGUUCAAUGUGUGAUUGUCCCCAGCAUCUUAGGAUGCCCAAAGAUUUGGGAUCUGUUGACAGCAACAACAAUGUCUACUCUCAUAGUUGUAAUGCUGCAAAUUGGAACAGUGGUGCUACUACUAUAAUUUCGCCCCAAGUAUUCAAAUUUGCAGAGGAUCAUUGGACUGGUUUGACCUCAAAUAUAUACCAAAGCUAAAGUAAUGUGGUUUAUACCACUCCUAGCUAGCUAUUCACCAAUCACCAACAUAUGUGAGCUGCUCUGUGUCCAUACCUAGAUCUUCAUUGUUGAACAUUGGUGCGUAAUCUAUAUCAGAAGUAACAAAUAUACAAGUGCUUGAAGGGAUAUAUACCAAUGAAAAAUUUCCUGCAUGUGAUCAUUCACCAGCUAUUCGAUUUGGUGUUUUGUGUGCUUGUUUUUUUGACAAAAGAAGAAUAAGAAGUAAUGAGCAGAUUUGGUGUGUGCUUGUUUUAGAUAUAUCAAAUGUAAAGCAUAUUUUUCUACUUUGAUUACUUUCAUUUUUAAAAAAAUUUAAUAAACACAAGCACAACUGGUGCGUGAGGUCAUAUCUCAUUUGGCUUCCAUAAGUAAUCGUUCUAAUUCUUUAUGGAAUUGGAGAAUGUUUUAAUUGGACUGAAAUUUAUUGGUCUGGUCAGAUCUGGUCUGAUUUAUUCAAAAUUGGUAUUAUCUGGUCUGAACUGGUCUGAUCUGAUAAAUGUUUGGUUUUUGUGUGUGUAUUUUAUUUAUAACUAUGAAAAUCUGAUAAUUGUUCAAAGAAUCAUAUAUGGAUGGAAUCAUCAAUCAUAUGUGCAUAUGUACCUUUAUUAUAAGGAUGUUUUUAUUUGGAUUGUAAUUUGUUGGUCUGAUCUGAUCUGAUCUGAUCUGGUCUGAACUAGUCUGCUAUGGUUGGGUAAAUAUUUGGUCUCUGUGUAUUUU